CUCAUCAGACCGUUUCAAAGAUGGCGCUCGCUAGUGUGUUACACAGCGAUUCUGCGGAUUUUUCAUUUGAUACUCGCAAAACUUUUGCUUUUGGUUGUGGUGUCAGAGAGGCUGAUCUGGGAAUUGGACCUACACCGGGAGACGGCCUGAGUUUUUCUGUUACGCCAUCACUAAUUACCGUGGACGAGGAAGGCCCCGAGAGGAAAAUAGAAUUUCUCCAUGGAACAACAACCUUAGCAUUCAAAUUUGACCAUGGCGUCAUUGUUGCUGUCGACUCCAGAGCCACUGCCGGCUCCUACAUCGCCUCUCAGACAGUGAAGAAAGUCAUUGAGAUCAACCCCUACUUGCUGGGCACGAUGGCUGGAGGAGCUGCAGACUGUAGCUUUUGGGAGCGUUUGUUGGCCCGCCAAUGUCGCAUCUAUGAGCUUCGCAACAAGGAGCGCAUUUCAGUGGCAGCAGCCUCCAAACUGCUGGCUAACAUGGUGUACCAGUACAAGGGAAUGGGGCUCAGCAUGGGAACAAUGGUGUGUGGCUGGGAUAAGAGAGGCCCAGGACUGUACUACGUGGACUCAGAGGGGAACAGAGUGUGCGGCGACCUGUUUGCUGUGGGCUCUGGCUCCAUGUACGCUUACGGAGUGAUGGACAGUGGCCUGCGGCACGACCUGACCGUCGAGGAAGCCUGUGAACUAGGCCGCCGUGCCAUUUACCAGGCCACCUACAGAGACGCCUACAGCGGAGGGCAGGUCAACUUGUACCACGUCCACAGCCAGGGCUGGACCAGGGUAUCCCAGGAGGAUGUGCUCAUGCUGCACCAGCAGUACAAGGAUCAGGUGUAGUCUCAGGAAGUAGAGCGGUUGGGUAAAUGAGGGGAUCUAGGUUGUUCCUCUGUUAGUCAAUAUUAAACACAUUCUGACAUGUAGGAGGGGGCUGAUUGAUUAUGUUUUUUUAUGUAUAUACACACAUGUAUACACACUCAGUAACCAUUACAUAUUUGAGCUGUUAGCAGUUGAAAGCUUCACAGGAUACCCCACACAGAGGUGGAUUUGAGGGGGUGCAGUCUCACUCACGUAAGGGGCCCGAUGAUUCAGACAUGCCUCAGUGCAGUGUGGGAGUAGUGAGGUGUCUGGCCUACAUACGUUUCACUUGGAUUCAUAACCUGAAAAAUCUGUGUCCUCCUCCUCAAUAAAACCUGAUGUUCUUUUUCCAAGA